UCUUCAGAACCAGUGACAGCAGCAGAAGAGUGACCGACAGAGGCUCGGCAGACAGUCUAUCCACAAAUGGGCCAUUGUAACAACUGACACCUCUACUUCAGGCCAUCCGCACCUUCAGCCGCACCAGGUGCCAACAACAGCAUCCGCAUCUUCAAGGUUUCCAUUUUCCAUCUUUAAGCGGUUUUCCACCUAAGGUCGGAGAAAAUGGCAGCAAUCCCAUCAAGUGGUUCCCUCAUCGCCACCCACGAUUACUACAGAAGGCGUCUUGGGUCCGCCUCCAGCAGCAGCUCUUGUGGCAGCGCUGAGUACACAGGAGAGGUUAUUCCACACCACCCAGGCCUUCCAAGGCAAGACUCUGGCCACUGGUGGACUUCAUUUUUCUUUGCUAAGUCAAACCAGCCUGGCAUGCAGAACGGAUCUGAAAAGAACGGAUCCUACACAGUGACCAAUGGUCAGGUGACCUGCAUUGCUAGAGAAAUGGUUUUGAAGAGACAAGCCAGUGAGAGCAGUGAGAGUGGAAAAUUUGAACCAUCGAGCCCUCCACCAACGGCCUCCUAGACUCCAUUCCCUGCACCACCCCCCUACCCCCCACCCCACCCUCAGUUCAUGGUCCGUCACGUAGUCCAACACUGGAGAUGAUGACGGUGGUGAUGAGGCUGUUUUUUACCCUUAGGAAAUAGUUUGCUUUUCAAUUAUGAAUAUGUAUAGUAUGUUUUUUUUUUUUAUUAUGACCAAAGUUGAAAAAAAAACUCUAUGUAAAAAGUUUUUUCAUUGUUACCUUUUACCACUUUAAAACUGAAUAAAAUGUUGAAAAUCAGAA